AUGGCCAAUUUGAAAAUCGGAUUUUAUAAAAGGAAUCAUUCCGACAAUUAUCCAUUCGAUGGCCGCGGGAAGGUACUUGCUCACACCUUCUAUCCCAAGAUUGGUCAAAUCCAUUUUGAUGAUGAUGAAGUUUGGAGCAAUGGAACAACAGGCAUAUACUUUUAUGGCGUGGCAGUUCACGAAUUUGGUCAUUCCGUUGGAUUGCUGCACUCCAACCUUGAAGGAUCUGUUAUGAGUCCGUACUACGUAGGUUACAAGCCAAACAUCACUCUCUCGCCGGACGACAUCAACGGCAUCAAAGCCAUCUGUGGUUCUAUCUGA